AUGAACGCUUGGAGUGAUACCGUACUCAUUUUCCUAUGUCUUGGGCUGUUGGAGUUGUCGUCUGCACUCCUGGAACCAUCCCCUUUCCCGGAGGCCUUACGAGAAUGUUACGAGUUUCGAUCUUUUAAUAUGACGCCAUCUGACGAGGUUACUACCAAAAUACAAAACUUCUGUUACCGACAGUACCAAUACCAACAAAUAGCUGAGGGCAAAAUUAAUUCUCCAACAAACCUCACUCAAGAGGGCGUUAACUACAUUCAUGGACUGUUCCGGCAAAUUUUCAAUGAAGCUCGAGAAGUUGCGAGCUAUAGCGUAAAAUCGAAACGUCAUAAACGACAGGCACUAUUUCCGGGCCGAUUCAGACAGGAAGUGAGAAGUCCAGGAGGCGCCUUUCGACGCUAUGCUAGAUGUAUCCGGAGACUUCAAAGAGAGUCAGUAGAACCGCCACAGGCUGGUCGCAAUACCUACCAAACCUUGUCCGUUCUACAUUCCGGACAAGUUUUAGCCACUGCCCACGGGGGUCCUGCCUUCAUACCUUGGCAUAGGAUAUAUUUACUACUUUUAGAGACGGCUUGUGGUGCGCCUAUUCCCUACUGGGACUCGACAGUUGACCACGACAUGACGGAUCCUACCAUGUCCGUUCUUUGGAGUGACAUGUUUUUCGGAAAUGGUGACGGCGAUGUUAUGACCGGACCGUUCCAAAACAUGAGAACAAUACUGGGAGAUCCACUUGUAAGAAAUAUUGGAACAGGUGACAGUUCCUUGUUCACUAAAGAAGGUCUCUCAGCUGUGUUGAGUCGCAGGAGAUAUCAAGAAAUAGUAGAACCCAAACAAGGCGCCGACUACAUCUUCAGUCUGGAGGGUCAUCACAAUGGCCCACACACAUGGGUAGGGGGCCAUUUAGGUCUCACCAAUACAGCUGCAUAUGAUCCCAUAUUCUUCAAUCAUCAUGCAUUUAUUGAUCACGUGUAUGAAAUAUUUAGACGAAAACAGUUGCGUUCUGGCAUUAAUCCGAGAAUGGAUUAUCCGGCUAUGACUCCUCCUGGGCAUGCUGCCAACGAUUUCAUCGACUUCCGACCCUACUCCAGACCAUUGAGAAAUAUUCAGGGUCUAUCAAGGUUCAUAGCAAACUUAGUAAGAUAUCAACCCCUCCCAAAAUGUCGAAAUAGAUGCAAUCGUAGCCCCCAUUUAUAUUGCGAUCAAAGUAGGUUUGUCUGUGUAUCACGUACCCGCCCAACGUCGAUGUUGCCUGCAGGGGCUCAAGGCUUUGGUGGUUUUAGCACUCAACCAGGUCAAGCUCCCGCCAGCCAAAAUGUUCCAUCAGAAUCACGUACUCGAGCACAGAGCCGUGGACCAAUUCCUGGAGGUGCAAGAUUCCGCUCAUCGCCAUUUUCAGAUAACCGUAAUCGUCCCGAUACAAUUGGUAGCGCUCCCGUUGCUCCCCAAGUAGUUGCUGCUGCUUUCGCUGCCAGAGCCGGCCAGUCACGAAAACGACGCGAUGUGUCUGCAACUCAACAAACUCACUCAUCACUAAACACCAACGUGCGACCAGUUUCUGCACUCCAGCGAUCCUUCACGAAUACUUUUCUAAUUGAUGGUGUGGUCGAGCUCAAACGAUGGGUCUAUAUACCAGUCCGUGUGUUCUACAACAGGUCUACAAAUUUAGAGGGUAGUGAUCCUACUUUUCAUGGAAACCAUCCAAGAGAAACCUUAAACAAUUCUUGUCAUGGAGUGAAUUCGGGAGCUUUUAAAGUGUUUGUAACCUCAAAUGGAUUAAACUAUGUUGGAACGUACAAGGAAUUUGCCAUCGUAGACGAGAGAAAACCAAUUUCUAUCACUACGACAACGGUCGGGAUAAAGAACCCGAAAUACGGUGAGGGAGAGGUGUUGUUUACCGCGUAUGACUCCUGUGGACGGUUGUGUCGACCUCUCUGUCUAACAUCAGUUCAAGGGAAACAACUCUACAAAUCCUGUUCAGCAGUAUUUAAGGUUUCGACUGCAUCACCUAGAAUGUUCUACUUUUCAUAUCAGGAUGCGCUUAUUAAUAACGUACAAGCCAGUAACCUGAUACAUUCUCACGACAAUGACUCCGUUCCUCCUCUCACAUUUGUUUGUGACAAUACAAAAUCCUGGCCAUGGGAAUAUUAA